UAAAUUCCACUUACUUCAUAUAACACCACUCUAAGAACUUUUUCGAUCCGGUAAGGCGGACAUCGACCUGCCUCACUCAAUAGCGGAUUCUUCUUCAAGUUUUGCGAGUGGUUCAGGUAUGAAACUGGAUGACAUCUUCGUGGACCGUAUUGGGGACUGGGGCAGGUUUCAAACUUUGGCUGUGUUUUUUACUUCAUUAUCUAGCCUGCCAAUGGCACUGCACACAGUAUCGUUAAUUUUCAUCGGAGGAAGCGAACAGAGCUACUGGUGUGCCCUGCCUACAAAUGAAUUCGACAACUUUUCACACGAAGCCUUAAAGGACGUUUUCAUUCCCAGUAAGCUUGGUGCUGAUGGUGUUAAAGUAUAUAGCAAAUGUGAGAUAUACAAUCUGGACAAUAAUUCACGUCAAGAUAUUUCUGAGGCAAUAACUGCUGAGGCUAUACUGAAAUUGAAUUCGACAUUCUAUGCGAGUGGUGUAAGCGACAAUCAGACGACCGCAACAAGACGCUGCAACGCCUGGCAGUACGGAGAGGAUGGAAGAUACAAAACAUCUCUUCUAACCCAGUAUGGCCUUUACUGCGAGCGAGAAUGGCUUCUUCCGCUAUCUCAGACACUUUUUAUGGCCGGGUGGAUGGCGGGUAACAUUGUAUUUGGUUCUUUGGCAGACAGAUAUGGCCGAAUGAAAGUUAUACCACUGGGCUUUCUUGUCAACACAGCUAUAGGAAUUGCGAUGCCGUUCAUACCAAACUACUUUGUGUACAUCUUUUUCCGCUUCCUGAUCGGUGUCACCUCUGGAGGUCCAUACACUGUGCUGUAUGUAUUAGCUUUGGAAUUGUGCGGAAAGAAGUACAGGAUUUGUGUAUCCUCGUGUAUCAGUGCUGGUUUCAAUAUUUCCCUGUGUUUAAUGGCGGGAAUCGGUUACGCAAUGGCACCAGUCAACCACAUUACCAUGCAGCUGAUUAUAGGAUCGAUUCCUUUUAUCAUUGUCUUUUAUCACUGGAUUUUCCAUGAAUCACCGAGAUGGCUUGUCUCGAUGCAUCGAUACGAAGGAGCCAAAGUAAUCGUUAAAAAGAUCGCCAAGUUUAACAAACGUCCGAAGUCAAAAUAUGAAGAUGACAUGUUAUUCGAAGAAGAGAGUGCUGAACUGUCCUGCGACAAGAGUGCCUCGCUGGAAAAAUUGUCCGAGAAAAAAUAUACCGCCCUUGACCUGUUCCGUACGCCCAACAUUCGUAGGAUUACCAUAGCUACUUACGUCCAAUGGUUUUCAUGUGCAUUCGUCUGGUACGGAAUGAUAUUCGCAGGCGGAUCCCUGGGUGCCAAUGUCUACAUCAAUUUGUGUAUUAGUGGCAUCGUUGGAAUCGUCGGUAAUAUCCUGUGCGUGCCGUUACUGAACUUCUUCGGUAGGAGGCCAACAACAGUGACGUUUAUGACCCUGAUGGCUCUAAGUUUGUUGGCUUCAAUUCCUCUGGUGGGAAACCCAGAAUUUGAGACCGCCUUGAUAGCUGUUGUGUUCGUGGGCAAGCUUUGCACUGUCAUCGCGUUCGACACAAUCUGGCUCCAUUCUACCGAGGUGUUUCCAACGUGUAUUAGAGCUGUUGGAGUGAGCACAGGUUGUCUCAUGGCCCGACUUGGAGCACUGAUAUCACCUCUCGUUGCAAAAUUGGCUACAAUACAAACAUCCUUGCCUCUCAUAGUUUUUGCCACCGUCGCUGUCCUCGCCACCUUUUGUUGCAUUCAGCUUCCGGAAACAAAUAAGCGCCGUCUACCGGAGACAAUUGAAGAGGGAGAGGAAUUUGCAAAGUUUUCCUUGUCAUGUCGAAAGCCAUGCAAGAAGAAAAUGCGGUUAAAUAAGCCCGACCCUACCCUCCAUUCCGUGUAAAGAGGGAACUCUUUUAGAUGCAUAAAGGCAUGCAGUACGGUCAAGUUGGGGAAGCUUUAAUAAGACGUCAGUGCUGAGAUUCAUUGUACCCGUAUGUAAUGUAGGAAAAAUAAAGAAGAAUAUCGAAUCGACUAAAAAAUAUAGGAAUCUGGAGGAGAUCAUAGUUUGCGAAGCCUGUUUUACCGAUGUAGAGGUUUGAGACCAGAAACUAAUCGUUUGUUUUUUACAGAAAUACUUUCGCACGUGUAGUGUACAUUGUUCCGGUUUCAAAUGUUUAACACAAGAAUUCAUAUUGAAUUCUUGACGCAAGGGCCCAAAGCGCCGCGUAGCGGCAAAAAAGCGAAGCUGGCGAAACAUUUAUAACGGGUCACCAUCACUUAUUAUUGGACUUAUAGCGCAUUUACGGGGUUGCAACUAUUUUGCUUUAUAGUGUCACCAGGAAAGAAAAGCAUGCGACCUAACGCCGAUCUAUUUGUAUAAAGUGAUAAUUGGAAGGUAUAUAGUAGGAAAUAUCAAUAAAAUAAUCAUUGCAUGUCGUCUUUUGAGGGCAUUUCUGAUCGUAAAAAAUAUAUGUGUACGUCACCGGAGUCUCUGCAAUGAUAAUUUUAUCACAGCAGUCUCGCGCAAGUAGAAGUUCUUUACCUAUUAGUUCUUCACUUAUUAGUCUCAACGUCUGGCGCAAAGCCAGACGUUUUCCAUUACGAUUUCACUACGAUGUUUGACCAGAAGGAGCAGUGCGCGAGAUAUGCUAAUGAGCAGACCUCCCUCGCUUGAGUUUCGGAAGAAUGUUCCAUAUCGCGCUAAGCUGACAGGCGUGCAUUGGGCUGGUACAGGUUGGAACUGAACAUUGAAUAUGCUGGUGGUGACGCUUUCUGAUGAGAAGUUGGUCGUGACUGAUGCAGUAUCCUUGGACUUGUCCACAGCAUCGUUCAAUCAUUGCUCUCGGAGCUGCCUUGAUUCUGUACUUACCCAAAUACUGAGACCAAAUGCCUGUUGACUGUGCUUUAAGAGAGACUGGCGCCAUGCCUAGUCUCUCUUAAACUUAAAGCACAGUCAACAGACACCAACCCCCUCAGACUCAGAAACCACAAACGCCCAACCCUUCCUGCUACCUUAAUACUUCUGGAUAUCACUUUAUAAAUGAUUUUUGAAAAUGCUGAUCCAGGGCCAAUGGCUAGAAAUAAAUGUCCCUCAUGCAAACAAGACCCACAUCAGCAUGUUCAGAAAAGGGGAUGAGAAAAAUUAAAUUGCAUCGCAGCUAUAUUUCCUACUCUCAUGGCAUUGCCAUUAUGUUUAUUAUGCUCAUUGAAAUAAACUUCUGUGAAACUUAACUAUA